CUAAAGCGAGGAUACACGUAACCAAGCCAAGGAAUAAAGGAGGCGGAGCGCUCAGCACGGUCGUCCACGGGACUUUUCAUUACAGGACCAAUAAUAAAUCGAGCCUUGGCAUGCACGCUAUUUUCGUCCUCGCCCUGCUCACGUUGUUCAGCAUCUUUGUUCUAUGCAGCACAGAAUCAUCUGGAACAACUGGAAAUCCCUGUUGCUCAAGUCCUUGUCAAAAUAGGGGUGUUUGCAUGACUAAGGGAUUUGAUCACUAUGAAUGUGAUUGUACGGGAACUGGAUAUUCUGGAGAGAACUGUACCACACCUGACUUCUUAACUUGGAUUAGACUGAAGAUAAAGCCUUCUCCUAACACAGUUCACUACAUCCUUACACACUUCAAGCCAGUUUGGAACAUUGUGAAUAACAUUCCAUUCCUUCAUAAUUUUGUCAUGCGAUAUGUGUUGACAUCACGAGCCCACUUGAUUGACAGUCCCCCUACUUACAAUGGUCACUACAACUACAAAAGCUGGGAAGCUUAUUCCAAUAUUUCAUACUAUACCAGAGCCCUUCCUCCCAUUCCAAAAGACUGCCCCACUGCAAUGGGAGUCAAAGGCAAAAAAGAACUACCUGAUGCAAAGAUGAUUGCAGAAAAAUUCCUCCUCAGAAGAAAGUUCAUUCCUGACCCUCAGGGUACCAGCCUUAUGUUUACCUUCUUUGCCCAGCAUUUCACCCAUCAGUUCUUUAAGACAGAUCAUCAUCGUGGACCCGAAUUCACAAGAGGUCUUGGACAUGGGGUUGAUUUAAGCCACAUUUAUGGUGAGACACUGGAUAGGCAGCACAAACUGAGACUUUUUAAAGAUGGAAAGUUAAAAUAUCAGAUGACUAAUGGUGAGAUGUAUCCUCCUACUGUUAAAGAUACUGGCGUUCACAUGCUUUACCCACCACAUGUUCCAGAACACCUGCAGUUUGCUGUGGGUCAGGAGACCUUUGGUUUAGUUCCUGGGCUGAUGAUGUAUGCAACCAUCUGGCUGAGAGAGCAUAAUCGUGUUUGUGAUAUUCUCAGACAGGACCAUCCCGAGUGGGAUGAUGAACAGUUGUUCCAGACUACCAGACUUGUGCUAAUCGGGGAGACUAUUAAGAUUGUAAUUGAAGAUUAUGUCCAACACCUGAGUGGGUAUUACUUCAAACUCAAGUUUGAUCCCGAGCUGCUCUUCAGCCAAAGAUUCCAGUACCAAAACCGUAUUGCAGCUGAGUUUAACACACUUUAUCACUGGCAUCCAUUGUUACCGGAUUCAUUUAUCAUUGACAACACAGAAUACGGCUACCAACAAUUCCUCUUCAACAACUCUGUCGUCAUGGAACAUGGCAUCAACAAUAUGGUUGAAUCCUUCUCUCGACAAAUUGCUGGAAGGGUUGCAGGUGGUAGGAAUAUUGCACCUGCUGUGUUGAAAGUCGCUGUGGCAUCAAUUGAGCAGAGUAGACAGAUGAGAUACCAGUCUCUAAAUGAAUAUAGGAAGCGAUUCCUAAUGAAGCCUUACAAAUCCUUUGAGGAUCUCACAGGAGAGACAGAAAUGGCAGCUGAACUUGAGGAGUUGUAUGGUGACAUUGAUGCCAUGGAACUGUACACUGGACUUCUGGUAGAAAAACCUCGUUCUAAUGCUAUAUUUGGGGAGUCAAUGGUUGAAUUAGGGGCACCCUUUUCCUUGAAAGGCUUGAUGGGGAACCCCAUCUGUUCUCCCGAGUACUGGAAGCCUAGUACUUUUGGUGGAGAGUCUGGCUUUGAGAUCAUAAAUACUGCUUCCCUUCAAAAACUGGUCUGUACCAAUGUGAAUGGCAAGUGCCCCCUUGCUUCGUUUCAAGUCAUCCAACCAGAUCCUUCCGAAACUGCAACUAUUAAUGCAAGUGCAUCGCGUUCGGCACAGGACGUCAGCCCUACUGUAUUAUUAAAAGAACAUACCUCAGAGUUGUGACAUACAAGCAGUUUUAUUUAAUUUAUUUAAUUUAUUUUGCAAUAACUUUGCAAUAACUGUUAUUUAUUGUAAUAUUUAAAUGAAUGUAUUGUUACAGAUUAAUACAACACAAAAGCACAACAUUCCUCAUUAGCAUGUGGCUUGAAAAACAACAGCAAAGGCAAAAUACAGUUAUGACUACAGUUUAAGAAUGGGAUCUUUGAGUUAAAAAUGUCACUUUCACCUGGGUUCCACUAACUAAAAGUGAAAAUAACUUGCUGUAUUUUUCUUUCUUUAAGAUACCACUAGGUCAAUUUAUGUUUAUAUGUAGUCAUAACUGCAUUUUGCAGUAUGAGUAAAUGUUUACAGAUACAUCUCGGUACUGACCAGUGUUCUGCAUUUAUAUGAGUAAAAUAAAAUCCUUCAAAUGUAGGCUGGUUCUGCCUCAAGCAGAAAGGAGAAACUGUUUCAUCACCACUGUAAGACAAGUGUGGGGAAAAUACUGAUCUUAUUUAAGUACUUAGCAAAUAUCAGCUUCUGAUAUUCAUGGAAUCUUAAACUUUGGAUAUCUCUUUUCCCUAUGGGAAAAAGUAGACCAAAUUUUUACAUCAGUAUGCUGUAACCUUUCCUGCGUCAUGAUGUGUGUAGUGCAUUGUAAGCAAUAAAGGGUUAACUUGAUUCGAUUAUAUGGAUGUAGCACACAAAGACGUUGUAAAACAAUGCAAAUAUUUAUGUGUUUUGUGUUAAUUUUUUAAUGGCUACUACCUUUCUCUGGCAUUUUACAUCUGUGUGAAAGAUGAUUGUAUUGUUAAGCUCCAGAUUCAUGUCUUUCAUAAGUACAUACCUGCUGGCUGUAUAGUAGUCAAAAAUUAUGACUAACUAAAUUGUUCCAGAAACUAUACAAUACCUUUAAAAUGUCACAGCAUACUUGUGUGACUCUUUACUUAUCCAACUUGAAAUGUCAGAAACUGCAAAGCUGAAUGUCAAAAGAGCGAACCUGGUAGACAAAAAAAAAGUCGACAAAGGCAUGUCAACUUUGUGUGAAACACCCGUCAUUUCCAGACAUCUCCAACCAUUAUGCAGGGGGGCAAGCCCCCCUGCAUCCCCCACACUCCCUGUUCAUCUGAGCAUCAGACAAGUGGACCUUGACAUUUUAAAGGUAAACCGAUAAAACACAUUCAGUUUGCAUUGUAUUGCAUACUAUAAUGUUUUUGCACUGCAAAAUGUCAAGUAGAACAAACUUAGAUGUUUACUAGUUGUUUUGUAAAGUUUUUGAAAUGGUUUAAAUACAUUGUUUUAUAUCCCAUAUUCCUAGUCAUGGGAUUAUUUUUGGAUUAAAAUGUUAUUUUUGUAUUGUAAUCACUUAAACAAGGAGAUAGUUUCUAUGAGUUUUUUACUGGCUUUUGUAAUUAUAAGUGAUCCUAAUAACAUUAUUUUAUGUCCCAUAUUCCUAGUCAUGGGAUUAUUUUUAGAUUAAAAUGUUAUUUUUGUAUUUUAAUCACUUAAACAAGGAAAUAGUGUCUAUGAUUUUUUUUUACUGACUUUUGUUAAUAUAUAAAUGAUCCUCAGGCAGGGUAUGUCAGUUUACUAUUUUAUUUUUCUAUUUAUUGUAAUUAAGUAUGUCUUAAUAUUGAAAUGUUUAUAAUAUUUUUAUUUAAUCAGUAAUAUUUUUAUCUU